AUGGCUAAAAAGGAUUCAAUUAAAAAACCAGCAACACAUACAACAGGCAGCAAAAUUGGGCAUCCGAUUAAUGAGUUAAUUUCUGCAGUAUCUACUACUUAUAAAGAUUACAUUAACAGUUUAACACCAAGAUUGAAGUUGAUCGACAUUUUUUUAACAUUUUUAGUAUUAUUGGGGAUUUUACAAUUUAUCUAUGUGUUAUUAGUAGGAAAUUUUCCAUUCAAUGCAUUUUUGGGUGGAUUUAUUAGUUGUGUUGGACAAUUCGUAUUGACGGUUAGCUUGAGAUUGCAAUAUAACUAUGAGAAUAAUAGUAACAAUAGCAGCGACAAAGUCGAACAAGAAAUAGAAGAAAAAAGCAUUGAAGAUGUUAAUGAAACAAAAGUUGAUGUCGAUACAAUUGAAGUGAACGACGAAAAACCAUUCAAGUUUGUUACCCCAGAGAGAGCAUUUGGCGAUUUCAUAUUUGCUAGUUUGAUUUUACACUUCAUUGUGUUCCAUUUCAUCAAUUAG